AUGGCUCUCAAUAUUCCAGGUUUGAUAAUGAUGAUAGCUUUUUACCUGCUUGUGUUGGGAAUCGGCAUCUGGGCCUCGGUAAAGUCUAAGAAGAUGGAGAAAAACACACAAGCUGGACGGUUGGAGGUUUCUUUUUUGGCUAACCGCAGUGUCAGCUUGGUAGUGGGAGUCUUCACGAUGACUGCUACUUGGGUUGGAGGUGCCUUCAUUAUUGGUAUUGCAGAAGCAGUCUAUGACCCCACCAAAGGUCUCAUCUGGAAUAUUGUUCCUCUGCAAAUGUCCAUUUCCUUUAUCAUCGGUGGACUGUUCUUUGCAAAGCCAAUGAGAGAGAACCAUUACAUCAGCAUGAUGGAUCCCUUUCAGAGGAAAUACGGAAACAAACUGACUGCGUUUCUUGCCAUCAUUCCUCUCUUAGUGGAAGUUGUCUGGCUUCCUCCGAUACUGAUUGCCUUGGGAGCCACCAUGAGUGUAGUUAUAGAUCUGCCCUUCAGUGCUUGCGUCUGGAUCUCUGCUGCGGUGGCGAUCACCUACACUGUUCUUGGAGGUCUCUACUCGGUGGCUUACACUGACGUCAUCCAGAUCUCACUGGUGUUUCUGAGCUUGUGGCUGUGUGUCCCUUUCGUUUUGACCAGUGGCGUUUAUACUGACAUCACUGAAACGGCAUUCAACCACACACAACAGGGCUCCUGGCUCGGCCAGAUUCAGUCUGAUGACAUCUGGAGAUGGAUUGAUCAUUUUCUAGUGAUGACUUUGGGAAAUGUAGCCAUUCAGGAUUUCCAUCAGAGGAUACUGUCCUCCAGCUCCACGUCUACAGCCAGGAUCAUCUGUUUCAUUGCAGCAGGAGCUAUCCUCAUUAUAGGAAUCCCAUCUGUGCUGAUUGGAGCUGUAGCAGCUUCAACAGACUGGAACUCCACCUCCUAUGGCUCUCCUUCUUCAUAUGAGCGAGGGGAGGCAUCUAUGGUGUUGCCCAUCAUCCUUCAGAAUUUAACCCCAACCUACAUUUUUGCCUUUGGCAUCGGAGCUAUUGCUGCUGCAGCGAUGUCAUCGGCUGACUCUUUACUUUUGUCUUCAGCCACCAUCUUCACCACCAACAUCUACCAGACCGUCAGGAGUCAGGCAUCCGAUAAAGAGCUGCAGUGGGUGAUCCGUGUCUCCAUAGUGGCUACAGGACUUGUGGGAACAUCCCUCACCCACCUGGACAGCAGCAUCAUGAUGUUCUGGAUCCUGGGCUCAGACCUGACUUUCACCAUUAUUUUCCCCCAGCUGGUCUGCGUCCUCUUUGUCAGGGUCUCCAAUGGUUAUGGGUCUGCUGCAGGCUAUGUUGUUGCAGUGGUGAUGAGAGUUUUGAGUGGAGAGCCGUUGUUUGGCCUCCCUGUGAUCCUCCAUUUCCCAGGAUGCACUUUAGAGAACGAUGUUUAUGUUCAGCGCUUUCCUUUCAAGUCCAUCUGCAUGCUGUCUGCUCUGGCCUCCAUCCUGGUCGUUUCAUAUGUGGCCUCACUCCUGUUCAACAAGGGGAUCCUUCCUGAGAGGUGGGACGUGUUCAAGGUGAAGUCACAGGAAGCACCACCACCAGCAGAGAGAGCCAGAGAGGCUGAAAGUACAACGGCUAAUGGAGAUGAUAAAUGUGCCAAUGAACCGAUGUUAGACACAAAAUGUUGA